UCCCAAAAAGCAAAAUCACCAAAACCCAAAUUCGUUCACGACAUCUGAGUAUUUUCUUAGCUAUCUAAAUAGUAGUAGUUCGCAUCCGAUCUGAAUUUAUUGAAUCUCUUUAGUAUUGAAAAAAUUAAGGGGAUCGAUGGGGGCGCUGAUGUCGAAGAUGUGGUUCAUGAUGUUUCCGGCGAAGGAGUACAAGAUCGUGGUGGUGGGGCUGGACAACGCCGGCAAAACGACGACGCUUUACAAGCUUCAUUUGGGGGAGGUGGUCACCACGCAUCCAACUGUCGGCAGCAACGUUGAAGAGGUCGUCUACAAGAAUAUUCGAUUUGAGGUGUGGGAUCUUGGUGGACAAGAUAGGCUGAGGACGUCGUGGGCAACUUAUUACCGCGGGACACAUGCUGUUAUAGUGGUGAUAGACAGCACCGAUAGAGCCAGGAUCUCCAUAAUGAAAGAUGAGCUAUUCAGUCUGCUUCCAAAUGAGGAUCUCCAGAGCGCAGUAGUGCUCGUGUAUGCAAACAAACAGGAUCUGAAGGACGCAAUGACCCCUGCUGAGAUAACCGAUGCCCUAUCCCUUCACAGUAUUAAGAAGCACGACUGGCACAUCCAGGCUUGCUCUGCACUAACCGGUGACGGCCUAUAUGAUGGUCUGGGGUGGAUCGCACAAAGAGUCGCUGGAAAAGCAACGAGCUAGAAGCACUCGACAGAGAUGUUUCGUUAUGAUUGAAUGGUAAAUCAUGUGAUGUACCUUCUAAUUCACUGCAACUGAAUACAAGCACAUUGCUCUUUGUUAAAAAGGCAGGCAGUUGUUGGCAUGUUGUUUACUCUAUUUCUUGAUUUCUGACCUAUAGUUGCUCUCUUGAAAGUGCCACAUACCAAAUUUUUACUCUUUACAAGAAGCUGAGGGCUGAGGCCUUCUCCAUUUGCUCCUGUUCCUCGUGUAUACACAAAAAACAAUUAAACAAUACUCCACCAAUAAAAGACUUACUUUUGACUUUGGUUCAGGUAUUAUGAAAUGUAGUGGAAAUAGGUGGAAAAAUUAAUAAAAUGUAGUAUUCCGUAUCUAUUUUUAUAUUAGUAUUUAUAAUAAAAUGUGAGGGAGAUAAAGUUAAUUCAGUGAGAUCCGUUACCAGAGAAAAUUAGUGACCAGAGAAAAUUAGUGAAAUAAUUAUUUACGGACGGAUGAAAAUGAUAGAGUGGAAUGAGUAAUGGCUGAUGGAGAGUGGAGUAGCAUUCUAAUAUGAUAAUACCCUUUUAUUCAAUCUAAACAAUCUUAAUUAAAUAUUAUGGUAUUCUAAUUAAUCUGAGAAAGUAAAAAAUACAUAUUUUGCAUGAUAUCCACGUGUCCCACGACUGCCACGUCUACAUAAAUUAUUCAUCCAAUAUUAAUAUACUUGUCCGAAAAUCUUGAUCCAUUAAGCCAAAAUGUCGAUCUCAUCCAUAUCCUUGAAAAAAUCCCUUUGUAAAAUUGUUUCAGGUCCGGUACGGCCACACGCAGUCGGAGGAGCCGUACCUAAAUCGUGGAUCGCGGCGGCGGCGCCACGGCGGGAUACUUUUGUUUCGGAUUUCGACACGAUUCCAAAAAGGCCUCCUGGGCCGCCACUUGGGCCCAAGCCCGGCCCAGAAUUCCCAUGCCCUCCAAGCCCGUCUCCGCCUCUGCCAGACGGCCCACGGCCGCCUAUGCCUUCACCGCCACAGCACGGGCCGGAUGUGAUACCUCCGCCGCCGCCCCAGCGUGGCCCAACUCCGCCGGAUAUUCCGCCAAACUACAUGCGCUGCAGUGUAAAUUUUUUUUAGGGAAUUUAAUUAUUAGUAAAUUACUAUUUUAUUUCUGUAUUAUAAUUGUAAAUUUGUAACGACGUGUUUUUCAUUCUAA